AAAUAUUUUAUAAAUUUACUAAAUUUAUGGUGAAAAUAAAGACAAAUUAUAGCAUAUAAAAGUGUAAUUUAUAAAAUUAAAGUAAAGGUUGAAAAAUAAACUAAAAACAUGGCUCUAAAUGCACCACCAUCACAAGAUGUGCAGGAUAUACAAUUUAAAUUACAUGACAAAUUCACCAUAUUUCCCGAAGGAAAAGAGGUAAAAAGUUUGGUUAGUUUACUGGCCGUUUCCUCUUCCAAAGGUCUUCUAUUUGCCGGUAAUCCCAAUAGCAAAGAAUUGAAAGUUUUCAAACUACGAGAUGUGGUAGAUGCCAAGGCAACCGGCCAGGAAUUGAAAGUUCGAGUGGUAAAUUUACCGGGCGAACCCAAAGUUUUGGCCUGUAGCUGUGAUGGUUCUAUGCUGGCUAUUAAUUAUGUUUCAAAUAAUACAGGAUUUCUACAAAUCUAUCAAGUUGAUAGUUUUGUUACAACGACUUUAAACUCUUUGUAUAAUUUGCCUGUGGCUCCUGAAAGCAAUGUUUUUGCUUUACAAAUACUUUGGAAUCCCGUCAUACCCAAUAAUGUAGCCUUGAUACUAACGGAUGGCUCUGUGGCCAUGUUUACUUUAAAUAAUGGUCAAUAUGACAAGGUUACUAUGGCCAAAGAACAUCAAGUCAAAUCAGGCUGCUGGUCCCCCAAGGGUAAACAAAUUGUUUUGGGUUUCCCUGAAGGAAAACUACAACAGUUCAAACCCAAUUUACAACCUGCUCGAGCAAUCCCUUGUCCACCUGGCAUACAUCCGGGUCCAUUUGACUGUAUUGCUGUUCACUGGCUGUCUACAUUUCAGUUUGCCGCCAUUUUUCUGCAAAGAGGUCAAGAUAUGUGUCCUUCAUUGUUUAUAGUUAAUGCACCGAAGGCGGGACAACCUUCAUAUAUCAACUACUAUGAUGUUUGCUAUAGUGCUCCGGGACCACGUAUACAACAAUUGUCAUUUAACCAUAUUUCUCAGUGGAAUCUACUGUUGGUUAGCUCUGCUAAUGGAGUAGAGGUGGGUUUAUUGGGCACCAAAGAUGCUGGUGAUACACCAAAUUGGAUACAAUACACUUUGUUGGAUGAGGCUCGCAUAGAAAUGCCUUUAACCGAGCGAAAAGAUGAAACUUAUCCUUUAGGUUUUGCCUUUGACACAUCCUCUUCUCAUCAAGUAGUUAUUGGUGAAAAGAGAUUUCCUGUUAUGCCCAUGAUUCACGUCUUAUCUACCCAUGGUCAUUUGGUGUCAUAUAAUUUUUUGAAUUUAUCACCUAAUGCUGUCGACGUUUGUUCGCCACCACCUCCAUUAAACGAUAUCUCGGGACAGUUUGUUGCCUUAAGGGAGACUAUUGCAGCUGGAGUUCCGUUAGCGCUGGGAAAUCAAAACAAACCGGCUACUGCUGAACAAGUUGGGGGAAAUAGGCCACCAGCUGGUGGUGCAGGUUUUGGCGAUAUGACUUUUUCGUUGGGUUCCAAUAUGGUCACUUCGACACCGGCAGUAAAGGACAAACCGGUAUCCUUAUUCGGUGCACAGAUUGCUGCUCCGAAACCUACUACAGGUUUUGGUUUCCCCGCAAAUACAGCAGCUUCCUCCGCAGCCCCAGCCCCAUCAACCACAACAAUAACAGCAAAUAAACCCUCUACAGGAUUUGGUUUUGCAGCAGCACCCGCAGCAACUGGUCAGCAAUUUGGUGGCAUGACAACAGGAACCGCAUAUGGAGGUUUUUCAGGAACUGGUUUUACAGCUAAACCCAGUGAACCCAACAAUCAAACUUCAACACAAACACAGUCCGUACAAUCCGCCAAUACUACUAAUAAAAAUCCGGAAGUGAAUAAACCUUUAUAUACAGUGCCAGCCACAUUUACACCACCUAAUGUGCAGCAGCAGCAACAACAGCCCCUCAAAUCGGAACCAAAAGCAAUACAACCAGCUGCAGCGUCAAAUAAAAUGAGUUUAAAUACAGGAGAAAUCGAUGAGGUGGUAAAACAAAUGAUUGUCAUACAAAUAGAAGCCUUUGAAAUGGAGCUAAGACACAUACGACAACAAUCCAAGCAAUUAAUGGAAAAUAUUGGCUCCCCCGAUGAAAUUAAAUCCUAUACAAAACAAUUAAAUGAUCUACAAGAAAUUGUUGAACAGGCCGAUGAUCAUGAAUUUGAACAAGAUGUACAAAGUUUAAGGCAUUCGAUGAAUGAAUCGUAUGCCAUGUUGGCUGAAUGUCGCACCAAACUGGAUUUAUACAAUAAUCCCAACUUGACACGUUUGUCUACCGUUACUUCAACGGAUCCCACCAGUCGCCGCCAGCUGGCUAAAUUACAAGCCUAUACAGCUUCGAAUCAGAAUCAAUUGUCUCAAUUGAAUCAGCUAAUUGAUGCCCAAUGGUCUCAAUAUCAAGAUGUUGUACGCCGCAAUUCGAAAAAUCAAAUGCAUAUCCCUUGUUUGGAUGGCAUUUAUCAGCGCAUGUCGAAAUUGAAGGAUUUAUUGUCCAGACAAAGAACUAAAAUGAAUUAUAUUAAAACAAAGCUAAAGCAGAAGGGCUUAAAUUAUAAACCACCCAGUGAGGUGGAUGUAACGUCGGUGGCAGUGGGGGCUUUAACAAAGAAUCAAAGCACCAUGGAAUCUUUGGCUGAUUCCAUAUUGUCCAUGAGUUUAUCACAAGUUGUUUCCCAAACUCAAGCAAAAUUAUCAGAAGACAAAUUAAAUGCAAUAAGAAAUUUUACAAAGAGGCAACAUCAGAUUGCCAUCAUCAAACCAAAACGACCAGAUCGUAUAGGACUGAAAUCAGAAGUUAUUUUGGAAACGAAAUUGGAAACAGAACGUAAACAAAAGGAAAUGGCUAAAAAGCAGCAGCAGCAACAACAACAGCAGCAGUAUCAAAAACAACAACAGCAGCAGCAAUAUCAGCAACAACAUCAACAGCAGCAAUAUCAGCAACAACAACAAAUGCAGCAGCAAUAUCUGCAGCAACAAUAUCAGCAACAACAACAACAAUUUGCAGCCUAUAACACUCCUGUAACCAUGCAAAAAGUAGCAGUUCCAAAAUCCCAGGAACAACAAAACUAUCAAACACAAUUGCAGCAACAAUUGCUAAAACCUCAAGCUACCAUGUCAACAACACAACAGCAGCAGCAACCAAUAUUAGCCAAACCUACCGCUUCAAAACCUAUAGUCUCCUCACAACCUCCUACAUUUAUAACGCCCACAUCUUCAACAGCGGCUACUUUAUCCUUUGGCGGCAAUAGCUCAUUUGUUAAAACCUCCAUAUCUACAUCAGUACCAAAAUCAGAACCUAUAGCCACAUCCACACCCUUUACUGGCUUUGGCAUGACAACGUCACAGUCUCAAGCACACAGUUUUAGUCAACCCAAACCCAUGCUUAAUACGGCCACCUCAAUAGCCAAUGAAACAAAAGAAAAUCAGCCUACUACAACACCAAUUUCAUUUUCGGCCAAAGUAAUUGGUGGCAAUGAUGUCAAACCUUUUGCUAAUUUGGGCAAUAAAACGACAACGCAAAACAAUAUGGUGCAGCCUCCGGCACAAGGUUUUGCAGCUCCCACUUCUGGAGGAUUUUCGGCAUUUGCCACAACAAAACCGGCCACACAAUCUAGCAGCCAGGAUAAAGAGGAUAAUAAGAAAGCAGAUGAAGCUCCUAAACAGUUUGGCUUCUCAACCUCGACUGCAACAACUUCAGCCACUACAUCUGCAGCUCCCGCAUUUGGAGGCUUUGCCGGCUCUAACAAAUCCACAACAACUCCUGCUCCCUUUACUACUACCCUAUUUGGUUCUAACACUAGUACUGCUUCCACCACACCAUUUGCGGCUCUGUCAACUUCCUCUUCGUAUUCUUUUAACUCUGCUCCCACUUCAGCAGCAGCUAAUAAUUCAACAAAAGCUGUAACCAUUACAACGUCUACUUCUCAGCCGGCAGCGACCAGCACUGCUAAACCUGCUGAAAUCAAAACAACCACAAUUAGUUCUGCAAAUACUACAACGACGAGUGCAUCAGCCAGUUCAAGUUUUAGUUUCAUUAGCCCUGCUCCAUGCAAUACCACCAAAUCCUCUGCAGCGCCUAACGUCACUAUAACCUCAACAGGCCUACCCGAACCUAAACCUGCUGCACCUGCUACAGCAACUACAUGUAGUACACCAACUCCUUCGGCAACAGGAGAGCCUUCAGAUUCUUUACUUGGCUCCCUUAACAUUUGCAAACCUACUCCUAAAGAAGCUGGGGAUUCUAAUAAGGCUGCUAAUGUAUUCUCUGGAUUUGCAGCUUCAACAGCUUCCUCGACAAUCUCUGCUGGAGCAUUUUCCUUCGCAUCUGCAAGUGGUGCUGGAGAUGGAGCGAAAUCGUUUUUGAGUUCGACUAGUACAACUGCAACAACGCCCAGUACAGGGUUUUCAUUUGUCUCAGCUGCCGCUACACCCUCAGCAACAGCAGCUACUUCAGCUACAGAUACUACAACGACUACUACAUUGGCUAAUACAACUACAACAGCUACUGUUGUAUCUACAACAACUGCAGCCACAACAACAUCCUCAUUUUCUUUUGCUACAGCAGCUCCGGCAGCAACAUCUACAGCAGGUUCAUUGUUUGGCUCGCUUUCUCUGUCAUCAUCAACGGCAGCCUCCACGACAGCGGCCACUGCUACGACCACUUCCGCCACACCAGCUGGCAAUAUAUUUGGUGGUGGAUCUUCGGUAUUUGGACAAGCAAACACAGCGGCCACUACAAGUACAACUACUUCAAUAUUUGGAGGUGGCGCAGCAGUAGGUUCGUCAGCACCCUCUUUGUUUGGUUCUACAGCUCCCGCCACAGCUGCUACACCCGGUUCAGGAUCCAUAUUUGGAGCCGCAGCAGCAGCUACACCUCAAUCGGGCGGAAAUGUCUUUGGAGGCAUACCCAAACCAGAACAAUCUGUUUUUGGCGCUACUAAUACGCCCGCACAACCAGCUGGUACUGGUUUAUUUGCAGCUGCUGCUGCAACAAUUAAGCCUCCAGUAGCCACAGGAGGCAGUAUUUUUGGCGGAGGUUCAUCAACAGGAUUUGGUGGUUCUACAGGCGGAUCCAUGUUUGGAGGUGGUAGUGCAGCAGCAUCCAGUACCUUCGGCUCCACGGCCCCAGCAAAUACAGCCAGUUCUAUCUUUGGAGCAGCAGCAGCCGCAACUAAACCAGCUGAAGGUGGUAGUGUCUUUGGUUCACCCACUCAACAAUCACCCACUAGUGGCGGUUCAUUAUUUGGCAAAAGUACAUUUGGAGCAACAGCAGCACCACAAUCCACUGGCAGUAUAUUUGGAGCAGCCGCUCCUCAAUCGCCUACAUCUGGAGGUUUUGGAGCAUCCGGAGGAUCUAUUUUUGGAGGUUCUACUUCAGCUAACACCUCAGCAUCAGGAGGUUCAAUAUUUGGUGCAGCCGCAGCUGCUACAGCACCAGGUUUUGGUGCAUCUAACGCUACACCUGGAUUUGGUACAUUUUCACAGCCAUCUGCUGCUCCCGGCUUUGGCUCUCCUUCGGCUGGUGGCUUUGGUGCUCCAGCUGCCACAGGAUUUGGUUCGCCUCAACAGCAAUCCGGAUUUGCCAAACCAGUUUUCGGUGGUCCUGCGGCCUUUGGCAGUCCUCAACCAGCUUUUGGUGCACAACCCACAUUUGGUGGAGCUCCUACAUUUGGCAGUCCCAAAGGAUUCGGUUCAUUUGCAGCAACAUCUCCUACAGCCACAGGUUUUGGUGCUCCCCCGCAAGGAGCAGCAGCGCCAAAGGGUAAUAUUUUCGAAACAUUGGGCUCCCAAGAGUCUGGUUUGUCAUUUGGAAAUUUGGCUCACACUACACAGGCGCAGCAGCAGAAACCCAGUUUUGGAGGUUCUUCUUUCAUGAACUAUCGUUCUUAAAUGUUUGUAAAUGCCGUUAAGCGUUGUUCUUAAUUAUUUUUAUUUUGUGUAAUUAUUUUUCUAAAUUUAUUGUUCCUGUGUAUCAAUAAUUUUUGUGUUUAAUUUUUUUUCUACUGUUAAAUAAAAUAUUCCAAAUUUGCUGCACGAA